AAGUAGAGCAGAGGAGCAGAAAUGCUUAGGUUUCCUUCCGAUGCUCGAGGCUAGAGCCUUGAAGGGAUCCAGGUAAUGGGAGACGCGAGCAUCAGGUCUCUAGAUUUCUAGAUCUAGGAACGCAUAUGGCGUCGGGAGCAGUCGUAGGCCAGUGCGUAUAUGGCAGAUAUUGCUUAAUAUGUAGCGAGUGAGACUUUUAAGGCCUAGGUCAUUGUUCAGGAGUGCUUUCCGCCUAGGCUACCCAUGAUUCGAUAGGUUCCGGCUUAUUUGAGUUACUUCAGCUUUCUUGGAAUCACUUGAGCUGCUUGCGCUGACCCUCGAUCGUGGAUCGGGGAACGCUCAUACAACCUGUUAAAGCCCGAGUCUCAUAUUUCAUCUCAACAUAUUUUUGUCCUUUUCCAGUUCAGCCUCGCGUCGCGUAGAUAUAGCUCCACCUUCCGUUCUGCAUUAGUUAAUCUACUCUCCUUUCGAUCGGUUUCCCCUGUGGUACGUCGCGUUAAAUCCGUCACUAUCAUGCAUCCGCGGAAGAUCCCCCCCUCGCCGUGGGAUCCCCAUCCCAAGCCGGCCAGAUCCGCCAGUCUCACAUUCCGCGCGUCUCACGUCCCCCACCCGCGGAGUGCGCCUUCCGCUCCGCCAUACCCUUCCGCCUCCCCCUAUUCCUCCACUCCCCCGUACCCUUCCGCUCACCCGUACUCUUCCGCUCACCCGUACCAUUCCGCUCACCAGUACUCUUCCGCUCCCCCGUACCAUUCCGCUUCCCAGUACUCGUCCGCUCCCCCUUACUCUUCCGCUCCGCCAUACCCUUCCGCUUCCCCCUACCCCUCCGCCUCCCAGUACCCCACUUCCGCUCCCCCGUAUCCCCCCGCGCCUCUACGGCGCGCGUCCUCCUCCCCCCCGCCCGGGCGAAACUUCGUCAUCCGGUUCACGUGCGACGAUGACGACGACGACGGCGACGGCGAUGCCGAUGGCGACGGCGACGGCGACGACGAAGGUGACGGUAGUCGCGAGGGCGGUGGUAACCCGAACAGUGGUAAUUCGAGCGGUAGACCGUUACCGCCAGUCAGGCGAGCCUCCCCUACCGCGAACUUCUCAUCAGGGAACGGUGCAUCAGGGGGAGGAGGUGGGGGGAUUUCCCCCGCCGGUCCCGCCGGUGCCGUUCCGCCAAGACCUGCGAGCGCGCCGGGAUCUUCCGCCAGUCGGACCUUUUUCUCUCUCUCCGCCGCUGCUCAGGGUUCCGCUUCCGCUUCCGCCUCCGCUUCCCCCUCGCCGCUCUCGCUCCCCAUUGGCGCAAGCAAGCCCACGGUUUGGACUGCGGGUGCGGCCCAAACUCGCGGAAGACAGGCGGCGGUUGGGGGGGGUCCGCGCGCGGAUCCUGCACGAGCAAUGGCGCGCUCCCCUCCCCCGGUCCCGCUCCCCCCAGCGGUUGCUGCUGGCGGAUCUACCGCUGCUGCGGGUGGCGCAAGCUCUGGCGGAGCGGGGGGGAGCAGUGGGGGAGCAUCCACGCAAUUUCUGAAGCAAAUAGCGCUCAUGCGCGAGCAGAUCGCGGCUGCCGCUGGCGCAAGUGGUCUUGGUAGCAGCAAAGGGGAGAGACCUCCCGCGGAACCGAAGCAGUCUGCAGCUGCGGCUGUAGCAGCGCCAGCAUCAGCACAACCAGCAGCAAAGACGGCUGUAGCACCGCCAGUGGCAAAGGCUACUGUAGCUGCUCCGGCAGAAGCGCAGCCGACGCUGAAGGUGGCUGUAGCGGCAACACCUGCGGCACCAGCAGCACCAGCAGCACAGCUAGCAGCAAAGGCAGCAGCGGCAGCUGUAGCAGAUGCUACUGCUGGCGUUGCUGGUGCAGCAAAACCGGCAGCCGGAGAAUCAGCGGGAGUGUCGAAGGAAGGAGUGGUGAAGGAAAGGGCUGGUGCUGUCAGCAAUGCUCCGGUUACAAAAGCUGCUGUUGCCUCUUCGACCGUCUCUACCGCUUCUCUCCCUGCCCGUUCCGCUACUCCCCCUCUCGUCCCUGCCCGUUCCGCCGCUCCCCCUCUCGUCCCUCCCCGUUGCGCCACUCCCCCUCUCGUCCCUCCCCGUUGCGCCACUCCCCCUCUCGUCCCUCCCCGUUCCGCCACUCCCCCUCUCGUCCCUCUCCGUUCCGCCACUCCCCCUCUCGUCCCCCCCAAUUCCUUCACUCGUCCUAUUGUCUUCCCGCGUCCCUUCACUCCGCCUAUCAACUCCCCCCGUUCCGCCACUUCCACCCUUAUCCCCCCUCCCCCCGUCCCCCCCUCUCUGGCUCGUUCCCGCUCUGCCACUCCUCCCGCGCCUCUCCGCUCUGCCUCUUCCCCUGCUGCAGAGCCAGGCGUACCAGCAGCAGCAGCAGCAGCAGCAGCAGCAGCAGCAGCAGCAGCAGGAGCAGCAGCAGCAGCAGGAGCAGGAGCAGCAGCAGCAGCAGCAGCAGCAGGAGCACCAGCAGCAGCAGCAGCAGUAGCACCAUCAGCGGCACCAGCAGCAGCACCUGCACCUGCAGCUGUGACAUCUUCGCCUGUGGCACGCCCAGGAGAUAUCUCAGGUGUUUCUCUGUCAAGGCUGUCAAUAUCAGCGGCACCUGAGACAAUGGGAGCCCCAAAAGAAGCACCUGAACGAGCACCUGGUGCUGCUGAGAAGGCAACAGAAGACGGAGGAGCAGUAGCAGCAGGAGGAGCAGCAGGGAGAGCAGCAGGAGGGCCAGUUAUGGCAGCAGCAGCAACAGCAGCAGCAGGAGUAGCAGCGGCAUCUGUGGCAGCAGCAGCAGGGGAAGAAGGAGCAGGAGCAUCAUCAGCAGCAGGGAGGGCAUCGGCUGCAGCACCAGUAGCGGCGGCAGCGGGUGCAUCUGUGCGCACAGUACAACGGGGCGGCGUCUCUCGUCCUGUAGCGGUUCGAGGCGGCAUGGUGCGAUGGAAGGGAUCAGCAAGGAAGGCAAAGAGGGAGAAGGAGAGGGAAGGGGGGGGAGGAAGCAGUGGUGGGGUGUUGAAGCGGGGAUCGAGCUGGAGUGAGCCGAUAAUGCUCGAAGAGGAUGAUGAUGAUGGGGAUGAUGACGAUGUGUGUGUUGUUGCCCGCCCAGCAGUUGUUGCCAAGCCCAAGCUCCCUGAGGUCACGAAGCAGGACGCUGGCGUCAGCGAGCAGCACAGUGACGUCACCAAGCAGCAUAUUGCAUUCGAGAAGACCGGCAGUGACUCUAUGGAGUGUGACAAUAAGGAGCGCGGUAACCUGGGCCAGGGCAGUGCCGAGCAAGGCAAGGGGCAACUGAUCAGCCAUGCUGCUGGUGCUGAUGCUGCUACGUCUGGAGGUAACAUCGCUGGUGCUGACAAUGCUGCUGGUGCUGACAAUGCUGCUGGUGCUGGCAACGCUGCUGGUGCUGGCAAUGCUGCUGGUGCUGAUGCUGCUGGUGCUGAUGCUGCUGGUGCCAAUGCUGCUGGUGCUGCUGCUUCUGGUGCCAAUGCUGCUGGUGCUGCUGCUGCUGGUGCCAAUGCUGCUGGUGCUGAUGCUGCUAGUGCUGAUGCUGUUGAUAGCACUGCCGGUGACAGUGCCGAAGUUGGUAAUGCUGCUGCCGCUAAUGCUGGUGGCAGUGCCGCUGGUGCUGAUGCUGCUGAUCCCAAUGCUGGUGCUGCGAAUGCUGGUGCUGGCAGUGCUACUGUUGGCGCUACUGAUGGUGACUACCACGCGGAUCGGGACAGUGGCGAGGACAUGGAGAUCGACGCCAUGGAUACCGAUGCUGAUGCCCUCAGCAGUCAAGCAGUCAGAAUCGUGGGGCCGAAUGGGGUUGUCAGCAGAGGGGGCGAUAGCAACCAAGUUAGCGGUCAAGCAGUCAGAAUUGUGGGGGUGAAUGGGGUUGUCAGCAGAGGGGGCGAUGUCGCAGCAGAAGCACAGUCAGUGAUAGCAGAGGCACUUGCAGCCGCAGCCGCAGAAGCAGCAGCAGCAACAGCUGCAGCAGCGGCAGAGGCAGCAGCUGAAGCAACAGCGACGAGAGGCCCAGCAACAGCUGCAGGAGCAGGAGCAGGAACAACAACAGCAGCAGCAGCAGGAACAGAAACAGCAGGAGCAGCAGUGCAGGGGUUGCCUGUUAUCGGAGGGCUCUCUAGUGUGUGGCAUGGGGCGGGGGGGUUCUCCUUUGGGGGCUGGCUGGAUGAAGAGGCAGAAGAGAGAGAGGGGGGGGAGCAUGUACCGGGUGUGAGUGUGCGGGUUGGGAGUGUACAGGGUGAGAGGGUUCAGGGUGAGAUGGUGCAGAGUGAGCGGGUGCAGGACGAGAGGGUUCGGGGUUUUGUGGGCAGUGGGGCAGAUAGGGCUGAUCCCAGCCACGUCAGCUGCCCACCACCCGUCUCUGCACCCGUCCAAAGAGAUCCACGUAAUCCUCCCCCUCAUCCCUCCCCUCUCGCUUCUCGCCCCCCUCCGCCACCUCCUCUGCCACGCUCUCCCCCUCUCCCCUCAUCUCAACCCCCUCCGCCGUCUGACCCCCCUCCUCCUCCUCCGCCCCCCCCUCCCCCUCCUCCUCCUUCCAACCUCGUGCCCGUGAAUGCUCCAUCGCUCGAUAGCCGUAACAUGCCCUGGCUGCUGCACCACACCCACGCCGGCAUACCACCUGUAUCUCCCCCCUUCUCAACUGUUCCUCUCUCAACUGCCCCCCUCUCAAGCGCCCCCUCCCUGAUUCCCCCUCUCUCCCAAUCAUUGCCCACGCUGCCCCCUCGUUCUGGAGUGGCCUGGCAAGGGGUUUUGCCUGAGCAAAUGCUUUUUCACGGGCAGGUGGGGCAGGAUGCCUUGGGCGGGCAGGGAGCUUCUAACGGGCAGGUUGGAUUGACCAGGGAGGGAAUUUUCGGCGGGCAGGUCGGGCAGGGGGAUUUGGGAGCUCAGACAGGGCAACAAGGUUUGGGCGGGCAGGUUGGGGUGAGUGGGCGGCAGGUUUUGGAGUUUCUGUGGAGGGAGGAGGAGGAGGUGGAGGCGGCAUUAGAGGAGGAGAGGCAGAGGAGGAGGGAGUGUGAGGAGGAGGAAGCGAGGUUGAGGAGAGAGUUGAGGCAGAUAGAGAGGCGCCUGGCGCUGUCGAACCAGCGGUGUGCUGUGCUGCAGCAUAGGAGAACGCUGAUCGCGGGGCGGAUUGAGGUGGUGGGGGUUGAGUUGGAGAGUGCGAUUGCUCCUGCUACGAUUGCCCCUCAUGCUGCUAUCUCUGCUGCUGCGUUUGUCCCUCCUGCUGCGAUUCCUGCCGCUGACCCUGUUGCUGCGGGUGCCCUUGCUGCUGCUGCUGCUGCUGCUGCUGCUGGUGGUGCUGCUGCUGCUGGUGGUGCUGUUGCCGCUAGUGCCCCGGCUGCAGCUGCUUCUGAGGUCAGGGGUUUGAGAGUGAAGAGGGAGAGGGAGGAGAGGGGUGAAGGGGAGGAUGUGAGGAGGGUGGUUAGAAGAGAGGAGGGCUAUGGAAGGGAGGGAGAGCAGGAGAGUGCUGCUAGAGUAGCAACGGCUGGUGCUGUUGCUGCAACUGGUUCUGCUGCUGCUACAACUGGUCCUGGUGCUGCUACAGCUGGUGGGCCUCUUACAAUAGGCAGCCCUAACAGGGCAGCUACAGCAGGUGCGUCUGCUACAGUUGCUGCUGCUGCUACAGCUGCCGCUGCUGCUGCUGUGGUUGCUGCCACUUCAAGCGGUCCUGCUGCAGCAGCUGGCAAUGUCGGGGAAGCUGAGGCGUUAAGGCGAGCAGAGAUGAUCCGGCAGAGGCCCGUUAUUGAGUCUGCUACUAAAGGGGAUGAUGCUGAAGUGAUGCACAGGGCCCAGGUGUUAAGACAGAGGCUUGUGUCUGAGUAUGCUCGGAAGAACGCUCAGCUGGCGAAGCAGGGAUCCUCGAAACGGCAGAAGGCUGAUAGCGGGUCUGCUAGUAAAGAGGAUGCUGAAGCGAUUGCCAGAGAAGGGGUGGUAGGAGAGAGGGUGGGAUGUGAGUCUGCUGCUCCUGGAGAUGCUGCCGCGGACAGGCAGGUAGGGGAGAGGAUUGCUGCUACUGAUGCUUCCAGUGCAGCUCUACCUGCUGCUGCUGCUGCUGCUGCUGCUGCUAAAGGCGCUGCUGCCGCUGCAUCUACCACUGGUGCUGCGUCUGCUACUGCUGCUACAACCGGUGCUGUCAUUAGAGGUACUGGCGGCGCUGCUACAACCGGUGCUGUCAUUAGAGGUACUGGCGGCGCUGCUACUAUAGCUCCAGGUAAUGCUACUGCUGAUCCAGCUACAGCUACAGCUGCAGGUGCAGCUACAGCUACAGCUGCAGGUGCAGGUGGCAGUGCGAGUGACGAUGCUGCAGAAGUGAUGAGGCGCGCUCAGGUGAUCCGACAGAGGCUGCUGGCGCAGCUGGCAGCGAAGGGAGGGAGUGGGACUGGGAGCGAAGGAAUCGGGGCAGGUAGAGGAGGGCCUGGGGCAGGGAGAGGAGGUGUUGGGGCAGGGAGAGGGAAGGAGAUAGCUGUUGCUGCCUCUGGUGGUGCUGGUGGUGGUUUUGUUGGUGGUGCGGGCUGUGCUUUUGUUCCUGCCGCUCCUGCCCCUCCUGCCACUCCUCCCGCUCCUGCCACGACUGCCACUCCCACCACCGCUGCAGGUGUUGGUGGUGGUGGUUGUGCUGGCAGUGCGAGGAGAGCAAGGGAGGGGAUGGGAGGAGGGGAUGGGGGCAGUCUGGGUAGCACGGUCGGCAAGGACGCAAGGGAUGGCAGGGGCAGGGGUGAUGGGAAAGGGAAGGAUGGCGGUGGGAGGGACAGGAGGGCUGAGAGGGAUCGAAGGGAUGGGAGGGAUGAGAGGGACGUGAGGGGCGGGAGGGACGGGAGGGACGGGAGGGCUGAGAGGGAUCAAAGGGAUGAGAGGGCUGGUAGUGACGGGAGGGACACACGGGAGGUGCAGGGUGGGAGGGACGGGAGGGACGGAAGGGAUGAGAGGGAUCGAAGGGAUGGGGGGGCUGGUAGAGACGGGAGGGACGAGAGGGAUGUGCAGGGUGGGAGGGACGAGAGAGACGGGAGGGACAGCAGGGAUGUGCAAGGUGGGAGGGAUGAGAGGGUGCGAGAGGAAAGGCUCCAGGUUUUAAUUCAGGUGAAGCUGGAGGCAUCUGAGGGGGCACCUGAGAAAGCACCUGUUAGGGUUGUGAAGUCUGUUGCUAAAGGCGUGAGGCCAGUUCCAGGAGUUGGGAGGGAGGUGGCGGGGAGGGAACCUGCAAAUGCAGCGGUGGCAGGAGGAAGGGGAGAAAGGACAGCGGUUGAGACACCAGAAGCAGCAGUGACAGCAUCGACACUUGCAGCAGCACCAGCGCCGCCAGCAGCAUCACCAGCACUACCAGUAGCAGCACCAGUAUCAGCACCAGCGGCAGCACCAGUAGCACCAACAACAGCGCCAACAGCAGCAGCAGGGCAGGCGGUAGCAGGGGGGGGUGCUGUUGUUGCAAGCAGGGCGGCAGGAGGAAGAGAGGCAGGUGAUGCGAGCAGGGCGGCAGGAGGAAGAGAGGCAGGUGAUGCGAGCAGGGCGGCAGGAGUCCAGGGGAGAGCAGAGGAGAAGCAGGGGAAGGAGCCAAAGGCGCUGCAAAAGCAGCACCGGAACGAGUCGCCAAGGAGAGAAAGGGAGGGUGCAUGGGGGGAUGAUGCAAGGGAGAUAGCAAACGAGGGCGAGGAGAUGGAGACGCAGGAGAAGAGGCAGGAGGGAGAGACGCAGGGAGGGGAGACGCAGGGAGGGGAGACGCAGGGAGGGGAACGGCAGGGAGGGGAGCAGCAGGGAGGGGAGCGGCAGGGAGGGGAGCAGCAGGGAGGGGAGCGGGUAAAAGCAGCGGUUGGACAGAAGCGGGUGGGUGAGAUUGGCGAUGCUGACUUGAGGCAGGGGAAGAGGCAACGAAGUGAGGAGCAGGAGAGGGAGAGGGAGGCGAGGGGAAGAAUAGAGGAGGGUAGGAGGAACGAGGUAAGGGAGGAGGGCGAGUUGAGGGGGGUUGAGACUGGGGCUGCUGACUCGGGGCAGGGGAAGAGGCAACGAAGUGAGGAGCAGAACAGGGAGAGAGAGGCGAGAGGAAGGGCGGAGGAGGAUAGGAGGAGGAAAGACGAGGACAGGGCGAGAGAGGCGAGGGGAAGGAGAGAGGAGAGUAGGAGGAAAGAGGUAGAGGAGGGGAAGGUGAGGGAGGCGAAGGGGAAGGAAAGAGAGCCCAAGGGGAAUGAGGGGGCUGCAGUGAGGAAGGAGUGGGGCUCGGAGGGGGGCGAGGGUGGAGCAAGAGUGAUAGGGGAAGGAUCGCGAGUGAGAGUGAGAACAGUGUUGAAGACAGGCGGAGCAGAGAGGAGCCUGGACGAGUAUGAGAGCCCGUUGACUGUGUUCCGCUGCUACCGGCACUCGCCUGUGUUUAUGGCGCGGUGGGGUGCGGUGGAGGGGAGUGAGGGGCGUGAGGAGCAGCAGGGGCAGGAGCAGCAGCAGCAGCACGAGGAGCAGGGGCAAGGGCACCGGCAAGAGCAGCAGCAGGGGAAGAAGAAUAAGCAGCAGCCACUGCCGCAGCAGCAGCAGCAGCAGCAGCAGCAGCAAGGGCCUUCCUCCCAUCCCCCCUCUGCUCACCUCUCCUCCAAGGCCUUACGGCUCCACGAGGGAUCGAUCGAUCCCCACCGUCCAAUCUGCACAGCUCAGCUGCGCGGCCAAUGCGCGGACGCCAGGUGUCGCCUGCAGCACCUGCUGCCCCACCCUGUGCGAUCUGCUGACGUCAUCAGGGUGGUGAGGGAUGAAGCUCAGAGGCUUGCUGAUUUCGGGGCGGCAAAAGCAGCAGAGGCGAGAAUAGGAGCAGAUUCGUUAGAAGCCGACCCGAUAAAAGCAGAGCACUCUGUUGCGUCACUCCUCCAAUCCUUGACCUUAAAGCCCCAUCUUCAGCCUCACCAUUUCCCCCCUGUGCUGUCUAAGAAACGCCAACCACCCCAAUCCCCUACCUUCCCGCACUACCUCCUCCCCGUUCCUUUCCUUAAAGCCACGUGGCUUUUCCACAGUCAUCUCAAGUACACCCCAAUCUGCCCGGGAACUGUUCUUGGCGAAUCAGGGAACGCCGGGAAGAUGCCCAGGGGGGCACGAAAAGUUUUGGCGGAGGUUUUGGGUUCGGCAGCUGAAGUGGCUGCUGCUUCGGCUGCUGCUGCCAGGAGCGGGGGAAUGGGGGGAAGAUGGGGAGGGGGCAGAGGGGCAGGAGGGGCAGGAUGCAGAGGAGGAAGAGUAGAGGGAGGGGGAAGGGGAGAGGGGAUAUUUGGGAAGAAGAGAGUUGAUAGAGGGGAGAGAGUGAGUGGUGAGAACGUGGCUGGGGUUGAGGGAAGUAGUGGGAGACCAUGUGGGGAGGAGGGUGUGAGGGAGUGUGAGGGAGUGAGAGAGGAAGAGAGGUUACAGUUACAGCUGCCGCUCUUCCUGCUGCUUCCAGGCACAGUGGACUUCUGGGGUGGGGAGAGCUGCCCUGCGAUUGGUGGAAAUUGCCACGAGGAGCAAGGCUAUUGGUCGAGGAAACGGAGGGAAUGGGAGAAGAGGGAGCAGGUGAAGGGGGAGGGGGAGGGGAAGGGGAAGGCUGAGGGGGUGGGUGCGAGAGACACUAAGGAGGACCAGGGAAGGAAGGUAGAGGAAAAAGGGCAGGGGGAGGACGAGGGGAAGCAUGAGAAGAAGAGGAUGAGAGAAGAAGAAGAGCCAUCCAUCUCUCCCGAGGGGGUCUCCUCCAUCGCCCCCUCUCUCUCCCCUCCAUCUCACUCUGACUUGGCGCUUCUCUUUGCCUUUAAACAGCUGCCCCCGCUGCCCCUGCCCGGCCAGAUCAUGCCUCUCAUAAACCUGAACCCGUCUUCCAAGGGGAUGGGGCGCUUCCUCUCUGCUGCUGCCGGCCCUGAGCCUACUGCUGCUACUGUUGAAAUGGUUCUCGCUUCUCUCGCCUAUUUCCUACACCAUCAGCCCAGCAGCAGCACCACGUGGCACGCCUACCUGAGCCUCUUCUCCCUCCUCUCCUCCCUCAUUCACCUGCCGUGGCUCUACUUCCGAAUGGCGAGGCUCCGAAGGGAGUUCGAGCUCAAGGAACAGAUUCUGGCGCUUGUGCAAUGCUGUUCACUUUAUCUUCCCAGCUGGCAUCAGUUGCAGUGGCACAAGGCUUUGGCUCAAACAACGUCUGCUGCAGCAGCUAACACCUGGAUGAACACACUCCUCCUCCUCUCUCACUGCCCCACCUUCCCCCCACCCACCCCCUCCCCCUCAAUUCCCUCCCCACCACGCUCCACCUCCUCCUCCCGCCCCUUCCCCACCUCUCCUUCUCCUGCUCCUCCUCCGUCUCCUCCCCUCCCUCCUCCCCCUCUCCUCCUCCUCGUCCCCCUUGGCUCCGACGCUGCUGCCGAAAUGCAGGAGAAAGGAGCUGCUUUAGACUCAAUUAACCCCCACCUGCGCUCCUCCCUAGGCCUAUCAAACCCCAACAUGCCCCCACAGGCACCAGGCGUCUCCCUAUCCUCUUCCCCGCAGGGCGUCUCUCUUUCUGCUCUGCUCUCCCACCUGCCCCCUCCCCUGUCCACCCCGCCUGUGUUGGCCCCAGCCAGCGCCAAUCAACGCAGUGCUGAGGCGCUUGACUGCGCCCUGCAGAUGCUUAGGGUGUGGGGAGAAGGGGGGGAGGGGAGGAAGGUGUGGGAAUGGGUGGGGAUGGUGGUGAGUGCGGUGGAUAAGCGUGGGGAAGGGAGCGGAGGAUCUGAGGGAAGGGGAGAGGGAGAGGGAGAGGGAGGAGGGGAGGAGGAAGGGGAAAUGGGAGAGGACGAGAGGGGGAUAGACAGGGCAGCAGCAGCAGCAGCAGCAGCAGCAGCAGCAGCAGCAGCAGCAGGGGCAGGGGUAGGGGUAGGGGCAGGGGCAGGAAAUGCGAGUGGAGAAGCAGCAGCAGCAUGGUCAGCAUUUUCAUCACCAGCAGCAGCAGCAGCAGCAGCAGCAGCAGCAGCAGCAGAUGCAGCAGAUGCAGCAACAGCAAGGGCAGCAGCAGAGGCGCUACUAUCCUGCCUCACGCCACUUGAUGCUUCCGUCUUUUUCCUUGCUGCCGCCCACCUUCUCCACGCCGGCCGCUUUCCUGACACUGUAGCAGCCAAAAUCGGGUCUAGACAGGAUUUGAUUCCGCUGGUGGAUUUGCCCUGGGCGGCAACGCGUCAGCAUGGGGGGGAGGCGCCACCUGAGGGAGAGAGUAUGGUUGGGGCUGUGUUAGAAGCUGCUAGGAAGUUUCUCCAGCUGAAAGCAAGAGAAGGGGCGGAGGGGAGACAGAGAGGAGAGAAGGAAAGAGAGGAGCAAGAGGAAGGAGGGGGAAAUUGGAGAGAGGAAACUAAGAGAGGGGGAGAGAAGGAUGGGCUGCUACUGGCACGUGUGAUUGUGGCUAUCUCCUUCGUGAGAUAUGCUGCCUGCAACAGUCAGCCAGGUGCUGCUUCAGGCGUUUCUCCAGGUGCUGCUUCAGGUGCUGCUUCAGGUGCUGAUGUUCCUGCGGCUCCAGCAUCUCCUCUACAGUCUGCUUCGUUAUCCUCUUCUGCAUACCCAGCCACUGCACAAGCUGUAGAUGACGUUUUAAAAGAGCUAUUAUGGGAAGAAGGCCAGGAUACAAGGGAGCUUAAGAAGGAUAAGGAGCGUUUAACGAGAGAUGCUUAUAAGGAGUACGACCUGCUGGUUGAGCUGGUGAUAGUGUGUGUGUGGGCGCUGGCGGAAACAGGGGGGGGAGAGGGAGUGAGGGAGGGUGUGCGAGUGUGGGAACGAGCAGAGAAGGUGCUUUUUGGUGGGGGAGGGGAGGAGGGAAGGAAGGAGGGAGGAGGGGAGGAGGGAGAGGGAGGGGAGCCGGGGGAAGGGGAUGAGAGAGAGAGAAGGGGAGGACGAGGGAAGGGGAGGGGUGGAAAGAGGGCGAAAGGGCAAGGAAGAGGGAGGGGGAGGGGGAGGAAAUCAAGAGCAGCAUUGGAAGCAGAAGCAGAUGCGACAGCAGCAGCAGCGGAAGCAGAAGCAGCAGAGGCAGCAGCGGCGGCAGCAGCUGUAGCAGCAGCGAAGGCACCCGCUUAUUGCCGGUUCACCUACCUCCGUGCUCUAUUCUCCCUCCAGUUCUCCCAUCGGCAACAACCCAACCAAGGAGCAACCCAGCUAGGCAAAGAACCUUCCAGCCAGCAGCGGCAGCAGGGGAGCACGGUUGGAGGGGAGGAGGGGAUGGAGGCGGGAGAAGUGGCUGAAGGAAACGCAGCGGUGCAGUGCGGUGCUGAGGCUGCUGAAGAGAUGAUGCAGGGUGAGGCCUUACUACCCCCUGUGCCCUGUGAUGCUCUGUCUCUGUUGGACUCUUUUCUGCUGCAAAGUGCUGCUGCUGUCGGAACACCCGCAGCAGUCAACGCAGCAACAGCAGUUGGGCCACCACAGUCAUCACCACCCUCUCAGCCAGUGCCAGGUGUCAGCAUGUCACUGGAGCAGGCGUUGCAGCAGCAUCUCACGACAGAAGAAGCACUCAAAGCAGAACCGGUCAAAGCAGAGUCACCCGAACAGGGGAUGGGCAAUGCCGGUGUUGCUGGUGUUGCUGGUGUUGCUGGUGUUGCCGGUGUUGCUGGUGUUGCUGGUGUUGCUGGUGUUGCUGUGUACGGCCUCUUGUGUCUCUCCCUGCGCUCUCUCCUCCGUUUCAAGAAACGCGCAGAUUCUGCCACUGACGGAGAUGCGGGUGCAGGUGGUGCUGGUGCUGGUGGUGCUGCUGGUGCUGAUGGUGCUGCUGGUGCUAAUGGUGCAGGUGCAGGUGGUGCUGCUGGUGCUAAUGGUGCAGGUGCAGGUGGUGCGGUGGCUGCUGCUGGUGCUGAUGGUGCGGUUUGCGCUGAUGUGGACAGAGGCGCUGCUGAGCUGGCAGCAGCAGCAGCGGGUGCAGCAGUGAGGGAAGCAGUGAGGAAUGGGAAUGAUAGGUAUUUACACGUGAGGGACGCUGUAAGGUGGGCUCUGGCUCUUGCUGCUGCCAGAAAAAGUGAUGCUGCUAUCGGUGCUGAUGCUGCUGUCGGUGCUGCUCUUGCUGCAGCUGAUACCCUCUCCAUCCCCUCCCUCCUCUGGGCUCAAUCACACUCCCUCCUCCACCACCUCCUCCCUCCCCUCCGUCCCCUCUUCCCCCCCCCUCCUCCUCCUCCUCCUCCUCCCCCACCCAUCACACACCAUCACCUAGCCACCUCCCCUCCCCCUCGCCUCCUCUCACUUCGGAGCUUUCUCCCCGAGUGCAGCACGUCCUGUCCACCCUCCUCGGCCCUCCCAAUUGCGACUACUCUCUUCUCAACGCGUGUCUUGGCAUCGGCUCUGCUCCGUCCGUCUCCCCUCGCGCUGCUCUAUCAACCCUGACCCUGCCUCCUAUUGCUGCUGCUGCUUCCCCUCCUGCUGUUCCUCAUGCUGUUCCUGCUCCUGCCCCUGCUGCUGCUGCUGCUGCUGCUGCUGUGGCCUCUAGUGCUCCGACUCUUACUCCAUCUCUUACUCCUCUCACUCCUGAAGAGGUUCGGCAGCUGGAACAGGUUCGGCAAGCCCUGGACCUUUUGCCUCGGAACGUGCCUCUUGCCCAAGCCUACUUCCACCUCCUGUUCUGCAACAACCUUCCGAACGUGCUCCGAGCCGCAGCAGGUGCAGCAGCCGCAGCCGCGGAAGCUGCUUCGAAUAUGAAGCCAAAAAGGAAGUCCGGAGAAGCAUGUAACCAGCAUGUAACACUGCCUCCUACCAUCAACCCCUCUCAGCUAACCCAUGCGGUUACCGUGUUACUGACAGCGUUGCAGCAGGGGGGAGGGGGCGCAGGGGCAGCAGGGGGGUUGAGCUCGGCACAUCCUGCCUGGGAAGCGGAAUGGACGGUGCUGAUCGACGUUGUAGAUGUGAUCAUGGCGAAUCGGACGGCUGCAGAAUCUCUGGCUCGCGUGGCUGUGGCUGUGCAUCCACUGUCGAAGAAGCUGCAGGAGAGAGAGGCCAAGCUAAACCCCAAAGCAAAGCAGAAGAAAGACAAGGCCCUACUCCAUGCUGCCAACCGGCAAGGGUGAGCAGCUCCUUCAGGGGAUAAGCAAGCAGCCCAAAGCCCGAGUUGCCGAGGGAGACGGCGUAGGAUGGAAGGGUAAGCACCGAAUGCGGUAAGUAAUAUGAGGGUUUCUCGAGUCGAUUGAGUUUCUUAAGUCGACUGAGUCGAUAAUUUAGGCCAGAUCAGGCAUGGGUAAUGAGUGUGGGGUGAAUAGAGAGACGUUCAGAUGGGGAGUAGAGAGCAGGAGAGGGGAGAGUGAGUGCGGUGUGGUGUGAUGUGUGACAAGAGGUCAGCAGAUUCCAGCCCUUCCCUCUGCUUAGGCUACUCAUCCUUCAAGCUUUCCGUUUCUUUGUUUUAGGCGCCUCAAAAAUAGAUUCCAGCCCUUCCCUCUGCUCAGGCUACUCAUCCUUCAAGCUUUCCGUUUCUGCAUGACCCAUAUAAGAGGUAGAUCGGUAGGUUUGAGUCCACUCAAGAGUCCUCAUUCUCUGCUCUCCAGCCCCCCUGUUUUCUCGUGACUGGUAUAAACGCGGGAUGAAGGUUGAGAGGUGGUGGCUGGAAGGGGAAUGGACGGAUGGAUGGACGGAUGGAUGGAUGGAUGGACGGACGGACGGACGGAUGGAUGGAUGGAUGGAGAGAAAGGAAUGCGGAGAGGGUGUGAGAGAGGGCGGGCGCAUGAUAGAAAAGAUUCUAUGUGAGGGAGAGAGUGAGGAUAGAGUGUGAGAGAGGGCGGGCACAUGAGAAGGGAUUUUGUGUGAGGGAGAUGGUGAGGAAAGAGUGAGAGAGCAUGGGGGAGGGGCGGAGGGAGGGAGGCAGUGGGAUGGAGGGAUCUAAUCGUCUAACUAUCUUGCAGGGUUGGCUGGGAGUGAAGCUGCCAGGAGGAGUAGCAGUCGCAGCAGCACCGUCACAACCAGCAGCACCAGCUGUAGUAGCAGCAGCUGUAGGGGCAGCAGCAGGAGCAGGAGCAGCAGCAGCAGCAAGCUGGAUUUCAAGAAUGUGUUUUUCGGUGCCUAGUAUUGUACCCUUAAUCCAUUCAAGCCUCUAAUGUGCCUUCUUUGUGUCCGUUUUCAUACCAUCUCUGAGCGGAUGUAUGAAGCUGUGCUGCAUGAUUGAUUACCUCAAU